AUGUUAAAAUUCCUUGAAAAUAGAGAUAAUCCCAGGAUCAAAAGAGGACAGGAUUUUAUGCGUUUUGAGAGCAACAGUCAUCUGCCCAAUAAUAAAUAAUUUAACAGUCCUAUCCAUUAAGAUGUCCUUAUACAUCAUGAUAAGCCUCAAUAUUACGUAACAAAGAAAUUACCUCCCAUCUCCAUUUACAAUCCCUUAGUAUAAUUAACAGACAAAGUGGAUCGACCUGAAUACAUUGUCAAAUAAAAAGAAAUAUAUCACCCUCGCUAUAUGGAGGAGUACUAAUAAAAGGGCUUCAAAAAAAAGUAAGGAAUUUUCGAAUCAUUCCAACAUUUACUGAACCUUAAUCAUAUUUUGAUUCAAGGUGUGCAUCCUGAUAAGAAACCUCUCUCCUUCCAAGCUCUAAAAGAACAACGAAAAAGGCAUUAUAAAUCUGUGAACCAAGAUAAAUAACUGUCGUCCAGGAGUUACGACAGUUCUAAGGUGCACUAAAGUAAUUUAGACAGUAGCAGAUCACAUGUAAGCAGUUAUAAUAAGAAAAACAAAUAUUAUGUAUCAGAAUAAAGUAAAUUAAGGACUGAGAAUAAGAGUAUUCAAGUGACUUUAGAAGGAAUAGAUAGGUCGAGCAAAACCGAUUAAUCAAUUGAGUUUAGGCCAAAAAUAAUACAAUCUUUUUUGAUUAGGUUGGAAGAAGAGGCAGAAAAAGAGAGAUAGAUGCGUCAAUUAAGUAUUUUUGAUAAGAAAAUCAAAGAAAUUAGAACUUAUUAGGAUAAAUAUGGCAAAAGGAAAAUGACUAUCGAAUAGAAAUCUGAAUGA